GGAGUGUGAGUGAUUGAGGUUGUUGAGAGAGCAGGUGGUCUUUGGUGUCUUAAAUUUUAUGUCAAAAUCGUAGGAUCUAGCGAGCGUUUUGCCUUACAAGUUAUCAGUGAUGAAGAGUUGUUCCUAGGGACCUCAGUGAUGGGGCCCUUGAAGUCAUGGAAAGGUAAAAAGAGAUGAAAAAGACGUGUAAAUGCGGGAGGGUGAAGAGGCUGGUCCCAUAAUGCCCGUCGGGGAAACAAGUGAAUGAAGAGCACGUGACCUGGGAGGACCAAUCAGCGCCCUCGUAGCUCACACAACCAACACAACUUAUCUCUCCUGAAAAGUACAAAAAUACUGCUGGAAAUGGAGCAGCAACAGCAGCAGCAGCAGCUGUCACCAAAUGAGCCGCAGCAGCAGCCACAGGAAGAUGAUCAGCAACAACAGCCAGUUGUUGGUGGAAUUGAUGGGCCUUUGGGCUCUGCUGCAUCCAUUAAGGAUGGCCUUCCUCCCCCUACACAGAUUAAUAAAAUUAAGUUUGGCCCUGGUGCUCCCCUCAUCAAAAAGGACAAGCGGCAGUCAUCAUCGCGAUUUAACAUCCCCAAGAACAGAGAACUACAGAAGCUUCCAUCACUUCGAGAUGCUCAACCAAACGAGCGGGAAGAACUAUUUAUUCAGAAGAUUCGGCAGUGUGGUGUUAUAUUCGAUUUUAUAACGGAUCCUCUCAGUGACCUUAAAUGGAAAGAGGUAAAACGGGCAGCUCUCAAUGAAAUGGUAGAGUAUGUGACGACGCAACGCCAAGUAAUCACGGAACCUGUAUACCCUGAAGUGGUCCAAAUGUUUGCUGUUAAUUUAUUCCGAACCUUACCACCUUCUAGCAAUCCGUCAGGAGCAGAGUUCGACCCAGAGGAAGAUGAGCCCACUCUCGAAGCUGCAUGGCCUCAUUUGCAAUUGGUGUACGAGUUUUUCCUAAGAUUUCUAGAAAGUCCAGACUUCCAGCCAUCUGUUGCCAAACGUUUCAUUGAUCAGAAGUUUGUCCUGCAGCUGUUAGAACUGUUUGAUUCAGAAGACCCUAGGGAGAGAGAUUUUCUCAAGACCACUUUACACAGAAUAUACGGCAAGUUUUUAGGGUUGAGGGCAUUUAUCCGCAAGCAGAUCAACAAUAUAUUUUACAAGUUCAUAUAUGAAACAGAGCAUCAUAAUGGUGUGGCUGAAUUAUUAGAAAUUUUAGGAAGUAUAAUCAAUGGUUUUGCAUUACCAUUGAAAGAAGAGCAUAAAGUGUUCCUGUUGAAGGUUUUGCUGCCCCUCCAUAAGGUUAAAUCCCUGAGUGUAUACCACCCUCAGCUGGCUUACUGUGUAGUUCAGUUCUUGGAAAAGGAUCCUUCACUAACUGAACCGGUUAUCAUCACCCUGCUCAAGUUGUGGCCUAAAGUCCAUAGCCCCAAGGAGGUGAUGUUUCUAAAUGAGCUUGAAGAAAUCUUAGAUGUAAUUGAACCAAAUGAAUUUGUAAAGGUGAUGGUCCCAUUGUUUCGUCAGCUGUCCAAGUGUGUGUCAUCACCACACUUUCAGAUUUAUUUUCUCUUAUAUUGCAGGACUAUACAUGGGCUGAUUUACAAUGCUUUGAAGUUGUUCAUGGAAAUGAAUCAGAAGCUCUUUGACGAGUGCACUCAGCAGUACAAAGCAGAACGUCAAAAAGAAAAGGAGAAAAUGCGAGAAAGAGAGGAAGCAUGGCAGCACAUAGAAGAUUUAGCUGUACAAAAUCCACUGUUUGACAAGUUUUCUGCUGAAAGUGACAGUCUCUUUGGUUCUCGUUCAUCCUUGAUGGCUUCACCCCAAGAUGAUAGUGACAGUGACUUCAAUCCAGACAAUAUUGGAGGUGAAGCAACAGAGCAAGUGAAAAAGGUGCGCAAUAAAGAGAAGCCUUUAUUGCGAAGGAAAAGCGAAUUACCACACGACCAGUAUACAAUCAAGGCUUUGAGCGACCACAAACGAGCUGAUGACUAUCUCACUACAUCACCAGAGUUGGCUGCCACAACAAGCUAGAUGACAAGAUAAUUGUGUAAACUGUGUCCAAAAUAAUCGUGAAGAUGGUAAACAAUUGACCUGCAUUACUAGGGUUUUUUUAUUACAGCCCAGAGAAUUGGCAGAAUAGAAUAGUGCCGAAGUAAUGCAUCUUGAUCAUUUUUCUUGACUCAGGAGGUCAUUAACAAAAAAAAAUUUAAUUUUUUUUGCAGAAUGUUAAGUUUCAGUGUCACUCAGCCUAUCUAGGAAAGGAAACAAGUUAAUAAUAUUUCAAACAUUUAAACAUUUAUAUUUUGUUAAAAGUUACUUUAGCUCUACUUAUUAAAACCCAAAGUGGAAAUAGUAAUGAGCUUUGUCUCAGUUUUCCAUAACCAAACCAAUGUCAAAUGCAUAUAUCUAAUGUUAUGAUUUACAGCUUAAAGUUCAUUGAAAAUUGUUGAGGUCAUAGGUUGUAUCCCAUAUUUUCCUUUCAGUUAAGGAAUUUUGCAUUUUAGAGAUCAAAAAUUUAUCAUGAGCCAAACAUAUUCCAUUAUUGUGAUGAUGUACAGUAACACAUAUUCUGAUAUUUUUGGACUUGCAAGAAGCUGAAGUUUAAACACAAGAGACAUUUUUAGAAAUCUUCACAGUAUGGUUUUACUAUGCACUUUUUAGCAUAUAAAAUAAGUUUAUACAAAAAUGCUACAUUAUCAAGAUAGCUAGAAUGACUUCAGGAAGUGUGCAAUUUUCAGUGUGGCCAUUUAUCACACCUAGAGAACCAGUAUCAAGAUGCAAUACAGUAUUCUUUCAACCGUUCAAGACUCAAUAAACCAGCAUGUUUAUAACUGAAAGCAAAUUAAUUUUCAAGGUGUAAUUUAUCCAAAACUGAUAUAUGUACUGCAAAAUUACUUGAAACAUCAUGAAAUUCGAAAUCUGAAUGUCUUGCAUUGGGUUGUGAACUGGAUUUCUUAUUUCUAGUAGACAUUACAUCUACAAUAUAUUAAGAAGAGAAUUAUAUGGGCAUGUCUGUUUAACAUCUAAUGGGAUGUAUAGUUGAUACAGUUAUGAAAGAUAGUGUGUCCUUCUAUGCAGCUAUGGGCCAUAUCAGUAGACUUGUCAGCCUUUAUGUAUUGUUUUAAUGUGUUCGAUUUAUUGUGGUGGUGGUAGCUGUAUGAGCGAGUAUUUUUUUUUUUUUCAGGUAUAGAAAUGAGUUAACUUGCAAGUCAGAUUCUACUUUAAUUCAAAUAUUCUAAAUGGAACUUGUGAAAUGUCAAGCUGUUCUCAAGUAAUUUGAAAUUAUUUAUAUUUACCAAAUUUCAUCUUUACUUCCAUUUAUGUAUUUGACAUAUAAUAAUCCAGGAAUUAGUUCCAAUGAUUGUUGAGUAUUUUGUAUUUACUAUGUGGAAUGAUAAAUUGUCAUUUAAUUAUUUUCUAUUAUGUUUGUUUAUGAUGCGAUUGUUCUUUGAAUGAUUGUGAAUGCCUGUUCGUGUUCAUAAAUAGGCAUGCCCAAAGACUUUUUUUCUUGUAUAAAUACAAAUAUGAAGAUAAUUGAAAUGGCCUAUUUAAGGAUUCAGCUUCCUGUCGACUGAUUACUGUGAUGAUUAAAAGCCAUUAUAGCCAUAUGUUUGUUUCUUUAAAGGUUGUUAGAUAUCAAACUGAAUUGAGCGCAAGCCUUAAUAGAUUAUCUUGCAGGGUCAACAUCAUUAAUUGCCGCACUAAGAGUUUAUAAAGUGAUGGCUAAACCAGAGCAGGUAUUAGUGUCCUUCAUGUGUUUAUAAGAAACAGAGUUGCAUUUUACUGGACUUCUGACAGAAACUUUAAAUAACCUGAUAUAGAUAGUACUGCAAUGAUUUAAGAAUUAAAUUUUAGGUAAUAAACAUUUAACAGAUAGUAUUAGAUAACAUGUGGAAUAUGUUGUGUUAUUAUGUUCAGAUAGCUAUAACCAGAGUUUAUUGGAAGAUUAUGUUGUACAAUAUUUUUAGAAGUAUAACUGCAGAUUUCCCAUUAUAUACUGAUUUAGCGAAGUUCUGAUAAAAUUGCCAUAAAUUGAGCUGCUCUCCAGGGUGUAGGAAGUACAGCAAGGUCACUUUCACCAUCAUUUGAGUGUGUGCAUGUGUGUGCUGUACAUAGUAGUAAGACCCUGAUAAGUGGUAGUGAUGGCCAAGCAUUACGCAUGUGUUAAUGAUCGUUGCUUUAGGUCCUGCAGUAGUAUUCCUGUGAGGCUUGAUUUGGUGUUACACAUGUAACCAGAGCCUUGGAGAAUUAUUACAUCAGGCUCUACUUAAUUGAUCAUCACUUAUAUGUAGGAACUUGUGUAGACCAAAGGCCCAUGUAGUGAAUGAGUGAUGUGCUGACAGUGCUCCUUUGGUUGAUCUUCCUUUCCCAAAUUCCUUGCUCUCCUCACUUUUUCUCACAUUAAAUUUUCUCAGUUUAAAGCAUGAAAUUGAAAUCCGAGCCUUACUAAUUAUCUAUAGUAAAUGUUGUUCCUGUUCUUUAUCUUCUCUCAUUUAAGUGAAUUUAAUGAUAGAGAAUUUCUGAAUGCAUGAUGAUGAUGAGGGAGCAUAAUUCAUGAUGAGCAUUUUUGUUAACUUGUUCUGCCCAUUCCAUGUUUCAUGCUCAGUUCUAUUUUUCCAUUGCAGUCACUGUCGUAAUGAAGGGGCUCACAGUGGUGAAUAUCCCUUUCAGGAGAAUGUUCUUGCCCAGUUCAUAUUUACCUCGUAUAACUUCCACAAUAUGGAUUAUGGAAUGGGGAGCAGAGCUUUAAACCUUCACAAAAAUAUUGUAACUAGUGCUCUAAUAAUAAUAAUGUAUCCUGUAAAUUCUAAUGCUGUAUUAUCCAUAAUCACAAUUAUCAUUUUUUAUUCAUCAUAAUUGCAUAAACAUUCAUAUCCUUCACAUAUUCUAAAGGUGAUAUUUGAAAUUCAUAAUAUAAUGUAUUGUGUAUAAAUGAAGAAAAAAUGUUUCAUCUCACUCUAAUUUAAUAGACAACUUACUGUUUUCUUAUCUUAAGCCUUACUCAUCAUUGCCCCUUCCAGUCCUCAUCAGUUGCUCAUCCUACCUCAAACUCAUGUCAUUGUAUUGUCAAUUUUUUUUUUUUUUUUUAAUGCCAGUACAACCCAGGCACACAUCACCUUGUCAUGAUUGGCACAACUGAACUCUGUUAAAUACUUCAGUAAGACCUUGCUAUUUUAAUACAACACACUGCAGAGCUUUUAUUGUGGUGUUACACAGAGGACAGAUUGGCUAAUGAUUACAGUACAUAAUAGAUUUCUAAUAUUGCAAUCCUCCAGACCCACAACCUGUCACAUCAUCCCAUCAGUUUUAUUUUGGUGCUGUCUGUGUGUUAGGAACCCAAGAUAUUGAGAUGAUAAUUAUUGUAAUAUGUAAAAUAAUGUAAAAGGCUAACAGUAGACAAGCCUCUAAGUAUUGAUAGGCUUUACUGGCAGUCACAAUAAAUGAGUAAGUGUAUAAGCCUUGUAAAGACAUGAAUAAGUAUAACCAUUUGUUAGGUUGGUCUGAAACAGUGUUAAAAUGUAUCUCAGUCUUGCUUCUUGUAUUUUUGAAAAUAUGAAUGGACUAAUGACUCAGUUGCUUCCAAAGCUACCAUUUCUAUUUUGAUAAUAUAAGAAACUGCUCAAUGUUUUUUCUUCGUGAAAACACAAAAUGCCGCAGGUAUAAUGUGACCUAGAAUUAGGUAUGUUGGAUUACAGUACUUGUAAUAUUUAAGUGACACUGAGGUAAGCCAUUUGUGACCUUGGUAAGUCCAUAAGAAGCCAAGUUUUUACAUUAAUACUAUCAUUGCAGUCCAGGCACCUUUUGUAGCCCUGCAGUGGUGGCCGCCCAUACUCUGUAGUUCCAUUACAUUAUCAACAUUCACCUUUGGUAUUAUACUUCCUCUAUAUAUUUCUUCCUGUGUGAUAUACCAAUGUAUACUAUGUGAUAAGAUCAGUGAACUCAGCCAUAUUUGUUAGCAUGUCAGUAAUGAUAUUUUCUAAAAAAAAUUAAUUGGCAUUAUAAUAAAUUCCAUUUGGCAUCAUUGAUGGUGUUGCAUAUAUAGCGGAAGCAACUUGGGCUCGACAUCUUUUCCCUUCCAAUUCUACACCCAGAGACUGGUCGGUAAAGGCAGAGGAGUGCAUUCCUACAGAAAGACUUGUGACUUCUUGCCUUAGAUAAUUUUAUCUCUUGUUCAGUUUUUAUUAUUGUAUUACAUUCCAAGAACUGUGGUGUCAGAUAUGACUUACUUCAAGAAAACUAAAUUGACAUUCCUCUUCUAUUCUCUAAGAAGGACUGAACAUUAUAUUAGUUAUAUAAUCUCAAAUGAAGUUCUUUAGAAAAAAUUAGGAAAGUCACCUCUCGCUUAUCUAUUCUUGUAUGUAAAUUGACAGUUUCUGAAUACAACAGAUGAAUGCACAUUCAUCACAUCGGUGAUGAUUAAAGUACUUACCUUUUUUGAAGUAAGAACUGUUUUUCAAAACUUCAGUUGAGGUGAUUUCAUAUAGAAAUUUAGAAUUGUACGAGAGAGGUGGGAAGACAUAUAGUCAUCGCUAUUUUGGUUUGCUCUUUGAGUGCAUUUUUAAAAACAUGAUCUGUAAACAAUAUGCAGGGACUUUCAGUAGUUUACAACAAAAUUGCUAUAUGUAAAUGCAUUUAGUGUUGAAACCAUUGCUAUAUAAAAUUUAUGUAACUGCUGUGAAAAAUGCAGCAAAGAAAGUCUAAUUUUAUUUAGGUUAUGUUAGUAGUGCUGGUAGUAAUGCAGAUAUUGUAAUGAAUUCAUUGGAAAAAGACAUUUACCUUUAGCUGAUCUGCAUGUUCUGUUGCAAUUUUGUUUUGGAGGAGAGGGAGGGAGAGAAGAAAGUUUAUAUAAAUGUGCUUGGAAAUCAAACUGUAAUGCCUGGUGACUGCUUAUUUUGUGUAACAACACUUAAACAAGUUUACUUAUGCAUUCCAUUUCUUGCAUUUGUGUUCUCUGUUCUGUCUUAUGGCUGUUACAUAUUUUUUACAUUUAAAAAUGUUUAUAACCCAUAAAACAUUUCUUGCCAUAAAAAUGUAUGCUGUAUAAUUUUGUCAUUAGUGCCUGAUAUAUUGCUAUAAUCUUGUUGAAGAAAAUUAUAUUGCACAUUUUAUCUGCUGCUUUUUUUAUUUUUUAUUUUUUUGUUGCAGUUCUAAUGCUAUAAAUACCAUUCUAACUAAUAUUUACUGGAGGAAGCUUUAUAGGAAAUAUUGAUUGUCCUAGCUUAACCUACCUCUGUCUUGUAAAUAAUUGUGUUAUACAAAAUCCUAUGCAAUACUGUAGAGAAUCAAAACUAAAAUUUGCAUGUCCACACACAUGAAUAAAACAUCUCGUAUAAAGUUUACUCAUUAUUGAUAAAAAAUGGAAAUAUCAAAUUCUUCUUUGUUGUCUUGCCUGUAUUUUAUUUACCCUGCUUUCCUUUAAUUUUUCAUGAAACAAGUAUACUGAGGUUGAUAAUGUGUAAAAGUAUUUAAAAGCAUGUAAUAUGUAAUCAUUAAAUGGAAGUCAGGUAAGGAGAGGUGACUGUAAAUUUCUUAGUCUCUAGUAUGCUUCCAUCACUUAAAAUACUCGGUCUUUCUUUUUAGAAUGUCACUCGGAUGUCCUUUGUGCUGCCUGACACUUGACAGUUUCCUUCACUCUUCUUUCUUAGAGAAACAUCAAUAUCAGAAGUCAUGUUUUGGUAUUUGUAAAACUUAGUAACAUUCAUUGUAACAUUACUACUUUAUAUCCAGUGCCUCUGCUGAUUUAAGAAAAGAAAGCUGUUGGAAAUAUUGUAAGCUGCUCUCUUUUUGAUGCUUUGUGAGUGGUAAGGGAAUAAUUAACAAACUAAACUUGUCAAAAAAAAGUCUAUCCAUCAUUCAUUCUUGGGUGCUGCAAUAUUGCAGCAGAACAAAAUUUAAGUGGAUAAGGUCACUAAUAUGUUUGCUGAGGUAAGUGCAAGAAUGUAGGGUGACAUUCUUUUCUCAAAACAGCUACUGUAAAUUUGCUGAUGCAAAAUUUAUCUUUUGUUUAUAGAAGACCAUUGAUAAUACAUUUUAUGCAAAAUUUUGAUCAAAGCAAAGAAUGGUUUUUGUAUUGUGCAACAGGAUAUUGUGUUUAGUGUUGAAUUGUACUUGCUUUAGUCAUCAGGAACAAAAUUGCAUCAACAGUGAUAGGCCUGAAAUUUCUGAUGACUUGUACAUGGAGAUCACCUUCCAUUAUAAGAAGCUUAUAAGUUUGACACACACAAUAUUUAACCUCAUUCUUUGCUCUUGAUCAUGUUACCAUUUGGUGUUCCACCCUUGUGUUCUGUAUAUCAUCAUGCCAUAUCAACAUGUCAGAUCAUUAUUUGUUUUGAUUUUUGUCAUUCAUUCUUUUCUUUAAUUUUUGUUCAUAGAGUUGUCUUAUCUUUUAAGUGUAAAUGUGGAAAUAGAAUAUUAACAAUAAAUGAUCUGCUAUGGCA